GGGGACGCUGGGAAGAUGGCGGCGGGAGCGUCGGUUUCGGGACCGACGGCGGCAGGGGCCGACUUUGCCUGUGCGGAUUUCUGCGACUUGCGGGAGAUCAAGAAGCAGCUGCUGGAUGUGGCGGAACGGAGCCGGGAACGCGGCCUUCAGCAUAGUGGGAAAUGGGCCUCAGAACUGGCCUUUGCCUUGGACCCUCUACCCUUGAAUGAACUGCCACCUGUUCCUGAACUUACAGAGGAAGAUGCCUGUGAUUUGGAUGCUUAUACUCUUGCAAAAUCUUACUUUGAUCUAAAAGAAUACGACAGAGCAGCCUACUUUCUAAGAAACUGCAAGAGCCCCAAAGCCUAUUUUUUGUAUAUGUACUCCAGAUACCUGUCUGGUGAGAAAAAGAAAGAUGAUGAGACAGUGGAUAGUCUAGGUCCCUUAGAGAAGGGACAGGUGAAGAAUGAAGUUCUGAGAGAAUUAAGAGUGGAACUUAGCAAGAAGCAUAAAGCCCGAGAAUUGGAUGGAUUUGGACUUUAUCUGUAUGGAGUUGUAUUGCGAAAACUGGAUCUAGUGAAAGAAGCUAUUGAUGUGUUUGUUGAAGCAACCCAUAUCCUGCCAUUGCAUUGGGGAGCCUGGCUGGAGCUUUGUAACUUGAUCACAGACAAAGAGACGCUGAAGUUCCUGUCCUUGCCAGAUACCUGGAUGAAGGAGUUCUUCCUGGCACACAUAUACACAGAGCUGCAACUGAUAGAGGAGGCCUUGCAGAAAUACCAGAGUCUCAUAGAUGUUGGGUUUUCCAAGAGCACCUACAUAAUCUCCCAGAUUGCAGUGGCCUAUCAUAACAUUCGAGAUAUUGACAAAGCAUUAUCCAUCUUUAAUGAAUUAAGAAAACAAGACCCUUUCAGAAUAGAAAAUAUGGAUACCUUCUCCAACUUGCUUUAUGUCAGAGGUAUGAAGCCCGAAUUGAGUUAUUUGGCCCAUAACCUAUGUGAGAUUGACAAGUAUCGGGUAGAAACUUGCUGUGUAAUUGGGAAUUACUACAGUUUGCGUUCCCAGCAUGAGAAAGCAGCACUCUAUUUUCAGCGAGCACUGAAGCUGAAUCCUCGGUAUCUUGGAGCAUGGACCCUGAUGGGGCAUGAAUACAUGGAGAUGAAAAAUACAUCAGCAGCUAUUCAGGCAUAUAGACAUGCCAUUGAAGUGAAUAAAAGAGACUACAGAGCAUGGUAUGGACUGGGGCAAACAUAUGAAAUUCUCAAGAUGCCAUUUUACUGUCUUUAUUAUUACCGACGAGCCCAUCAACUCAGACCCAACGAUUCCCGUAUGCUUGUUGCUCUUGGAGAAUGUUAUGAAAAAUUAAAUCAGCUAGUAGAAGCCAAAAAGUGUUACUGGAGAGCAUAUGCUGUAGGGGAUGUGGAAAAAAUGGCACUGGUGAAGCUAGCAAAGCUUCAUGAGCAGCUGAAUGAAUCGGAACAAGCUGCCCAGUGCUAUAUCAAAUACAUCCAAGAUAUCUAUUCUUGUGGGGAAAUAGGGGAGAACUUGGAAUUAAGCACCGCCUUCCGCUACUUGGCUCAGUAUUACUUCAAGUGUAAGCUCUGGGAUGAAGCCUCAGUCUGUGCUCAGAAAUGCUGCGCCUUCAAUGAUACAAGAGAAGAAGGGAAGGCUCUUUUGCGACAAAUCUUACAGUUACGAAAUCAGGGGGAGACACCAACUACAGAGACGGCAGCCACACCUUUCCUACUUCCUUCUUCACUCUCUGCCAGCAACACUCCAACCCGCCGAGUGUCCCCACUGAAUUUAUCUAAUAUUACACCUUGAACUGAACUACCUUUCUGUGCUGGCUCAGUUGAGAGGACACUCCUGUUGUAAACUGGGUCUUUCUCUUGAAUACUGCCAUUCUAGGAAGGCUUGUGUGUUCGGUUUGAGUGGCUACAUCAAGUUGCUGAGGAUGACUGUCUUAUUGUAUUGUAACCAUGAAAUGGUAAUAGCUCAGACAGUGCAGUGAGUUGAAUUCACUGUACAUCCCAGUCUUCUUACAAGUCUGGCACCUGUGAGGGAGAGAGAACCUCUCUUUAUACUGGCCGUGGAGUUGCUUUCUGUCCCUUCAUCACACUCCUUUCUGAGGAUGUCGUAAUAAGAUGCAAGUUAUCCGUUUACCAGAUUUGCAUCAUAUUUGAAACCGCUAUCACAUUUAUUUGAAAUUGAAAAGGAGUGUCUGUGAGCACCUGACUUUGUUUUUUUAUUAUGUGACUAAUAAAAGCUUAUCUUAAAAGAUAGCAACGAGACAGAGAAUGUGGAUGGAAAAGCGAACAGGUCACAGCUAAUUCAAUGCCAGGCUGAAACUGGAAACAUAAAGUGAUGGGUAUAUUUUAUGCCAGCAGUGCAGUGUUGCUGCUUUCCCACAUAGGCUCUAGAAAUUGUAGACUAUUAUUUAGUUAAUCUUUUGUUGAUCAAGAACCGGAGGAAAUUACUUGAGAGCAAACCUGUUUGUUUCUUUUGACUAUCAUCUUGUAAAUGCUUAAACAAAGACUAUGUUAUUAUAGCUUAAUGAUUGUAAUCAGUCUUUAAAUGUCAAGACUGUUAGAAUUCAGGAAUCAUAAAACAAUUUUGUGUGUUUUAAGAAUCAUUACCGUGUUUUAUCAGUAUAUUUUCAAGAAAUCAGAUUUAUGGCUUCUGACAUGUUUCAGAGAUGUUGAGACUUCAGUACUCAUAUUUAGUUUAAUCUUCCUUCUUCUCAAGGAAACUCAAGUGUGGAAAGCAGCCUUCCAAAUUUAUAGCAGAUAAGAUAUAUAGUCAGUUCAGGCAGUUGCUUGGAUCAUCUUAUUAUAAAAUAAUUCUUAUAAAGUAAAAGGAAUCUAGCUAUCCUAUACUUCUAACUGUAAAAUAAUCCAACCCACAGUUGUACUGUAUGGUAGUCAUUACAUUUGGUGCCCCGUUAUAUUAGAAACUGAAGCAAGACUGCAACAAAGCAAGACUGCUACCCUUUGAAUAGUAGAUCUAUUUUUUCCACCUUAAAAUCAAUAAAUUUGUGCACAAGGAGGUUCCUGCAAAACAGAA